CGCGCUGCGCCCGCACAGCCCCGCGGGUCGCCGCCACCCGCCACCAUGACUUCCAGUAAGAUCGAGAUGCCCGGCGCGGUGAAGGCCGACCCCGCUGCCCUCGUGGCGUCCCUGCACCUCCUGCCGGCGCCCACCCCCAACCUGGAAAUCAAGUACACCAAGAUUUUUAUUAACAACGAGUGGCAAAACUCAGAGAGUGGCAGAGUAUUCCCUGUCUAUAAUCCAGCCACUGGAGAAGAGGUGUGUGAAGUACAAGAAGCAGACAAGGCAGAUAUCGACAAAGCAGUUCAGGCAGCCCGCCUGGCUUUCUCCCUUGGCUCCGUAUGGAGAAGGAUGGAUGCUUCAGAGAGAGGCUGUCUGCUGGAUAAGCUCGCAGACUUGGUGGAGCGAGACAGGGCAGUUCUGGCCACCAUGGAAUCACUAAAUGGUGGAAAACCAUUUCUGCAAGCUUUUUAUGUGGAUUUACAGGGGGUCAUCAAAACACUGCGGUAUUAUGCAGGCUGGGCAGAUAAAAUCCACGGAAUGACCAUUCCUGUAGAUGGAGACUAUUUUACCUUCACAAGACACGAACCCAUUGGAGUAUGUGGACAGAUCAUCCCAUGGAACUUCCCCCUGCUGAUGUUUGCCUGGAAAAUUGCUCCAGCUCUGUGCUGUGGCAAUACAGUAGUUAUUAAACCAGCAGAACAAACACCUCUCAGUGCACUCUACAUGGGAGCCCUCAUCAAAGAGGCUGGAUUUCCACCAGGAGUCAUCAAUAUUUUGCCAGGAUAUGGGCCAACGGCUGGGGCAGCAAUAGCUUCUCACACUGGCAUUGACAAGAUUGCAUUCACAGGGUCUACCGAGGUUGGGAAGCUUAUCCAGGAAGCAGCUGGGAGAAGUAAUCUGAAGCGAGUAACCCUGGAACUUGGAGGGAAAAGCCCCAAUAUUAUUUUUGCUGAUGCCGAUUUGGACUAUGCAGUGGAGCAGGCCCACCAGGGUGUGUUCUUCAACCAAGGCCAGUGCUGCACGGCCGGCUCCCGCAUCUUUGUUGAGGAAUCCAUAUACGAAGAGUUUGUGAGAAGAAGCGUGGAACGGGCCAAGAGACGCAUAGUGGGGAGUCCCUUCGACCCCACCACUGAGCAGGGACCCCAGAUUGAUAAGAAGCAAUAUAAUAAGAUCCUGGAACUCAUCCAGAGUGGAGUGGCUGAAGGUGCCAAGCUAGAGUGUGGAGGCAAAGGACUGGGGAGAAAGGGAUUCUUCAUUGAGCCCACUGUGUUUUCCAAUGUCACUGAUGACAUGCGGAUCGCCAAAGAGGAGAUCUUUGGUCCUGUUCAGGAAAUUCUGAGAUUUAAGACUAUGGAUGAAGUUAUUGAAAGAGCCAAUAACUCAGAGUUUGGCCUCGUUGCGGCUGUCUUCACUAAUGACAUCAACAAGGCCCUCACAGUGUCUUCUGCAAUGCAAGCUGGAACUGUUUGGAUCAAUUGUUACAAUGCUUUGAAUGCCCAGAGUCCCUUUGGGGGAUUCAAGAUGUCUGGAAAUGGAAGAGAAAUGGGCGAGUUCGGUUUGCGGGAAUAUUCUGAAAUCAAGACGGUGACAGUCAAGAUCCCCCAGAAGAACUCCUAAGAAGGCAGGUGGAGGCCAGCCUGCCCAGCUCUCCUCUGCUUCCCCUGGGGGCCAGCUCUCAGGAAUCCAAAGCUGAUGCUCACUCCUUAUUUAAAGAUUUCACCGAUAGUGUGUAGGCCAGGCUGGUCACUGUGUAACUAAAGCAAACCAGCUGGGCUGUUCUUGGCACUCUGUAAAGGGAACACCUUAGAGAUACCAAAUGUUGGGGCUUGUAGGGUGAAGGGAGGCGAACUGGUCUCAGUCGUAUCCAGGGUCUCUUUCUGUAUCCACGGCUGAGUAGGGGAGCUGUGUGAUUUGACAUGUCCCCUUCUCUCGCUUGAGGAAAGGGAGCCUGGCCAUUGUCUUCAGUCCCCCAUUCUCCACUUUGGGUUCUGCUCACACUGCCGUCUUCCUGCUUCUCCGAGGAGAUCUGAACUGAGCUCAUUGGGGGCAGAUGUUUGGGCCGGGAACAAUUUUCCAAGGUUUUGCAGCCAAAUUACCGUUUCAUGUUAUCCAUUUCUUCAAAGCAAAACAUGUGAUGGUUUUAGUUAGAGCUAGCACAGACUGGGAAUGCCAGGGUCUGGUGUACACUGCAGAUGCACGGUGGAGAAACCAGGGCUCAGGAGCCUCCUGACCUGACCUGUUUUCUUUGACAUCCACACGUAGCAUGCACCAGAAGAGAGGAAGAUGAAA